CUUUUACGUAUAUGCACCUCAAUACCGUGUCUCUAUAUUCUGAUCCAUCUGCUCAUGUUCUCUGGAAUCGAACCAAUAAUUCUUCUCAGAGGAUAUAGUAAAUUAAGAUUAAACAUCACUAACAUCACUACUAUAAUUCCUUCGUAUUCCCCCCCAACACUACCGAGUUGGUUGGCGAGAUCUAGUUCACCAACCUUGGUUGCUGGACUCAUUUCUGUGGGUACCUAAUAUCUUAUCCCCCAAAUCCCAGGCAUACCAUGUUCUAGUAUUAAGUAACCAAGUCCAGUUGCAACCCAUUUCAUGAUCAUCUUUAACCAAGUGGGCGGCUUGUCUCUUACUUUACUUACCACAUUAUAAAAGGGCUCUGGAGCUCGAUCUGCCCCCUUACCACAAGGAAGAAGAUCGACUAGCUAGCUCCUUUUUCAUUGUUUCAUAUAUACUCUAAAAUAGUCAUGGCCCUAAAUAUUCCUUGUAAGAAAUCCAGGACCUCGUGCUUUUUCUUGGUCCUCCUCAGCUCUGUUCUUUGUAUUGUAACUACAUCUGCAGAGCUGCAGAGAUUCGAACACCCCACAAAAGAAGAUGGAUCACUUAGCUUUCUAGUGCUUGGUGACUGGGGAAGAAGAGGAGAAUUUAACCAGUCCGAAGUUGCCUUUCAGAUGGGAAGGGUUGGAGAGAAACUUGACAUAGAUUUUGUGGUUUCCACUGGAGACAACUUUUAUGAUAAUGGAUUGAGCAGCGAACACGAUACGGCAUUUGAGGAGUCAUUUACCAAAAUCUAUACACAAAAGAGUCUGCUAAAGCAGUGGUACAGCAUUUUAGGCAACCAUGAUUACAGGGGUGAUGCAGAGGCUCAACUCAGCCCCCUGCUAAGGAAGAUUGACAGCAGAUGGCUUUGCUUAAGAUCUUUCAUUGUUGACGCAGAAUUAGCAGAUAUUUUGUUUGUGGACACCACUCCUUUUGUCAAUAUGUACUUCACAAGCACAGAGGACCAUACUUAUGAUUGGCGAGGAAUUCCUUCUCGCAAGGCUUAUAUUCAAACCUUAUUGAAGGAUGUUGAGUUGGCAUUGAAAAUGUCAUCUGCAAAGUGGAAGAUAGUUGUUGGACACCAUGCAAUUAGAAGCAUUGGGCAUCAUGGUGAUACACAGGAGCUUAUAAAGCACCUUCUCCCAAUUCUUCAGGCCAAUGAUGUAGACUUUUACAUGAAUGGGCAUGAUCAUUGCCUAGAACACAUCAGUGACAUCAAAAGCGGAAUACAGUUUCUGACGAGUGGAGCAGGAUCAAAAGCAUGGAGAGGAGACAUGAAGAAUGAGGAGGGUUUGAACAAACAAGGCCAGCUGGUCAACUUCUUCUAUGAUGGUCAAGGCUUCAUGUCUGUGCAGUUGAAUCCCACUCGAGCUGAGAUAGCUUUCUACGAUGUGUUUGGCAACGUCAUACAUUCUUGGACUACUUCCAAGCUGCUUCACCCAUCUAUUUGAUUAUGUAAAACUGAAUCGAUAACUUACUUUUGUAGCAAGCUAGCUAAUUAGCCAGAGCCUAGAAUACAUAUAGAUCUCGAAAGUAAUCCAUGCCACUUAGUUGCAAUUGCAGCUGUUCGAUCUCA